AAAUACAGGCAGUGGUUCCACAAUCACAAGAAACACAAGGCCAAUGCCAAAGCGCCUAUGAAGCUGCAAAAGAAAUGGACAGCACGCUGGGUCAUCGAGGAGCAGCGGAAGGCCGACAUUCUUCAGCAAAUACAUGAAGAAAUCGAGGAGGAGACAGGGCAGAAGCCUGCGCAAAAAGAAGUCCUCAGGAGGUAUCAACCCACGAUGACAGCAAUCAUGAAGGGGCUGGAUGACAAUGAGUUGGAGGAAGCCCGGGCGAAGGCCGACGAGUGGACAAAUCGAGCGCCCGACCCCGCAGUGCAGGCCAAGACGGCUAAAAAGAAGGGUGAAAAAAUGAUCAAGCACUUCGCCAAGGAGAUGUUUACUCAGGCCGGUAUGAGACUCUUUGUAUUGGGAUCCUGGAAAGAUGAGAAGGGCGGCCUGCUUACCUCUGGGCAAGUUCAUUCGGUCAACCGGUCGGUCGGUCGGUCGGGCAUUGUGCUUACAUUAUCCGGCAGGUUUGACUUCAAUGAACACCUCGGUAGGGGCUCCAGCUUCAUGAAAUGUAAGGACUGGCAGGUCAUCUUACCGGCAUGGGAAGAUUACAUCGGUGAUGAAUUCAGUGAGUCUUGCAACCAUUUCAGAGGUGCUUCAUUAAAUUUGUAUGACGUCCACUAA